AAACUAUGAGUUAGUUACUAUUUGAGAAUAUAAAAGAAAUAUUUAACAGCUUCGGUUUCAAGUAAGCUGUGUACUAUUUUCAACAAAAAUUUCUGAGUUAAGGGCGAACACGAACGAUAGAAAACACACACGCGCAAAAAAAAAAAUGAGGGAUCUUAACAACAACGUCGUCAAAACCAUAGCUCGAUGGUGUCUUGUUCUACAAGCAAUCAUGAUCUCUUCUAACGCGGUGGCUCUCGAGGAACCCGGCUAUGUAUACAUGAACGUAACAAUCCGUAACGCAAUGACAGGAUUAAUCCGCCCCGAGAUAGUCUAUCGUUGCCAGUCUAAACGCAAAGACUAUGGCUGGCAUCGAGCUUCAAAGCCAGGAGCUCAAUUUUCAUUCCCAAUCAUCCUCAUAGAUGGCGAAAGCAAAAUACCGGCGAUCCACAUCUGCGAGAUCCGGUCUGCCUUAGGAAAAGCCACACUCGUGAUCGAAAACACCUAUCUUGAUGCUAAGAUGUGCCCUCAUUCGUCAUGUGCUCACGAGGCAACCCCGAAAGGGAUCGUGUUUAGAGGCCUAGAAUUGGAUUUCAAAGAAUUGUUCCCAAAGCCCAAACCAGUUGAGUAUCUAGAAUUGCCCUGGACAUCUUGGCCAAACAGAACGUGA